AUGGGCGUUUUCAUCUCCGUGUUAAGUAUUGUCGGUACUGUGGGCAACACUAUCGUUAUAACAGUCCUGACACUGAACAACAUAUUCACGAGAAAGACUACCGGUUUGAUUCUAACAAGCCUUGCAGUAGUAGACCUGCUGUGCAGCACAGUGGAGAUUCCGUUGGCCAUUUGUACCAUGAUUGUACGUGUUCCUGAUGACCACUUAUACAAUCUGUCUUUGACACAGCAAGCCCUUGGUCCAUGUGUCUUUUGGGGAUAUACGACCUCAUUCUUUCUCCUUAGCAUCGAUAGAAAUGACGCAUUGAGAAAAAUUUCCUACAGACAGCAAGUGCUCACGACAAAACGAGUUUUAGUUGCUAUCAUCAUAGCAAUGGCAUUCGGUGUGGGUCUGGCUCUGUUUUUUCUCUUUACAACGGAUAACCCAUAUCCACUUCUUCCACGUCAAACUGCGUCAGUCAUGUUAACAUCUGUGCGUGGAGGAUUAUUUUUGUUAUUUCUGCUCUCUGUGUCCUCAAACAUUUAUUACUUCGUGCAAAUCAAGAAACUGCUUAGGGAACAUUCUGAGAUUACAGGUGAUACAUUUUCACAACAACGUAGGAAUCGAUGGAAGACGAGGGAAAGAAAUCUGUCUUGGAGGAUAAUUCAAGUUAUCUUGGUAGUUUCUUUUUCGUAUGUACCCUAUACCAUUGCUUCAAUAAUCCACAACAAUGCUGAAACACAUUCCCUGAACUCCAUUGCCUUAUGUCGCUCAUUAACAUAUCUCAAAUGUGCAGCUAAUGUAUUUAUUUUCACAAAGCUCGAUCGACGUUUCAUAAUGGUCUUUUUUGAUAAACUUCGA